GUUAAAAAAUAAGUAAAUUAAAUAGGGUGGGUAUACAUUCUCCUUGUAAUUGGUUUAUAACAAUAUCACAGUGCCGAAUGUAAAUUUAAACAUUACUUGUGACUCGAAAUUUUAUUUUAUUAUCCUGCUUAAGUAUGACCGAUACCUUAAAUGAUGUGAUAACUUUUAUAGAAUGAAAUAUAAAUCUCGAGCAAGCCCAGAACAGUUUGCAACUUUACUGGAAUUUAUGGAAAGUUAUGGCGAUAUAACGAGACCCCAGCAAGGGCCACAAGGCCGAAUUAAAGCUGACCGACUGUGGCAGCAAUUAGAAGAGUUAUUAAACUCCAUAGGUGGAGGAGUAGUAAAACCAAGGGACAAGUGGAAAAAAGCUCAACCUCUGAGAAAUACUCAACCAUCCCCGACCAGAGAUUCUAAUUGUACGGUCUGUCCACCCCAAAUUUCUACCACAGCCACGGAUAAAAUUAUGUUGGAUUUUAUUCCUUCAUGCUCUAUACAAGCAACAACAUCAGCCUUUACUGCCACCUCAUCACAACAACAUCCACCACCAGUGCUAAUGCCGCCGCCCGGCACUACGUCCUCGUCGGUGCCGUCAGCGACGACACCUGCCGCUUCCACGUCACGGGGUGCUCCUCAACGGCAGCGACAUCAGGCAAAUCUGUCGCCUUCAGCGUCGCUGACCUCAACUCCACGGCGCCAUAGGCUCCUCCAAGCGCGCACACGCCGGGUUCAAAGACCCUUUGAACUAGCCACAAGCGAGUCUGUGGCUGUUGAGAAAUGCCGGCUCCAACUUGAGGCAGACCGUGAAAAAAAUUACCAUCAAAGGGAGUUGGAAAGAUUAAAACUAGCAUUAGCAUUAGCAGCCCCAUUUAAGAAACCUGAUUUUACCUAA